CUCCUUUGAACUUGAAAACAGCUACGGCAAGAGAACUUCUAAACAAAGGCUCCAAGUUGCGAGACAGUGCAGUUCUACAAUGUCGACUUGCACGGAUGUCCCCCCUACACAAGAGGUUACUAUGCCAAAGCACAAGACGGAUGAGAGAGUCGCGUGCGCAGUUUGCGGAGAUAAAUCAACAGGGAAACACUAUGGGGUCAGCACGUGUGAAGGAUGUAAAAGCUUCUUUAAGAGAACAGUACGAAACAACACAAACUACACUUGCCGGGGUCAAAAUACGUGCGCCAUUGAUAGAAAUAGCAGAAGUCGUUGCCCCUCCUGCCGAUUCCAGAAGUGUCUAAGCACUGGAAUGAAAAAAGAAGCGGUCCAAACCACCAAGCUUCCUCCAUUUCCCGCGCUCCAAUUCCCGUUCUACGGUGACGUCAACACUAUGUACGCCCAGACCAUGUUUCCGCUGACCCUGUUCCAGUCCCCCUUCAACGCGCCGCUCACUUUCCCCAUGGGGAUGGUACCACUCAACCAAAACCGCACAGACGUCGCCUACGAACUCGCAGCCAACGUCCUCUUCGCAGUCGUCGACUGGGCUCGCAAAUUGACCACGUUCAACAACCUGAUGGACUCAGACCAGAUAACGCUCCUAAAGAUGGCCUGGACCGACCUGUUUCUUCUUGAAGCCUCUCGCAGUCCUCUGCAGCUCUAUGUCCAGCAGAUGUACGCGACAAUCAAUGCGCAGACGAAGCAGUUAUCGAUGGAGGUGAUCGUGAAGAGGAUGGAGUAUGCGCGGUUAUUUCAAGAACAGGCGGAACGGAUAAGGAAUCUUGGGAUGGACAUGACGGAGCAUUUUCACCUUAAGUGCAUUGUGCUAUUCAGAGCAGAUGGCUCUCUCAUCAACCAGCCACGCCAAGUCGAGGUUCUACAAGACACUUCCCAGAGUUCUUUGGAGCAGUACAUUCGUUCCCAGUACCCCAGUCAGCCCACGCGAUUCGGCAAACUUCUCCUCAUGUUGUCAUCGUUGCGAAAGGUUGAGUCCACGGUCAUCGAGCAGCUGUUUUUCGCAGAUGUCUUGCGCGGCGCUUCCAUGGGAGAAGUCUUGAAAAAAAUGCUCACCACAGGGAACCAGUCACCUACAACGUUGGCUGCCGCUCUUGCAAAUGGCAAAGGCAGCCCAAUGUCAUAGAUAUCAAUGAUAUUCAAAGCGAUGGACUUUUUUUUAGAGAUACGCGAUAAUGUCUUUAUUAGAAAUGUUACAUUUUUUACCAUAAUGUUAAAAUUUUAUAAACCCGGAGAUGUUCCCUCUCCUUCUGAUGCCAGAGUUCGAACGCAGCUACAGGCUCUCAGUCGGGGUUAUUCGGAAAUGCUUUGUUUUCGAAUAUUGGGAAUACUGUGGCGCGUGACAACCAAGGUGUACUGGGGCGAAGGUGCUAAGAAGUCUUUGCAAUCCACAAAAUUCACAAUAUUCAAAAACAAGACAUUUCCGAAUAAGCCCGAAUGAGAGCCGGCUAGCUAAUGUUUACUAAUGUUCAAGUUGUUCAACACUGCUUAGAGGGGGGACGGAGCAUCGAAGAACCUUUGUCAGCUUUUUCGUUAUCCUUUUCAUCCAAAAAUAGAAAGCAAUUUUCGAAAUAAUAAAUUUUCGAAGUAAUAUCGAAAUAUCCAUAAAAUCAGUUUUAAUAGUUACUUACCAAUUUCAAUUGCAAAUGUCGCUAUAACUCACUCAAAUCAGACGAUGGAAAAAAUUGAAACUUUCUGAGUGGAUGACAAAAUGGCGGCUGACAGACACGCUGUCGAUCUGCUUGGAUUUGAUAACUGAAUCUGAAGUACGAAUCUCUGGGACCAGAGGCACAGAAUAAAGAGGGCCAUAUUUCUUAUAAUAUUUCCUUUUUCCCCUCCAAGUAGCAAUCCUUUUUUAUAAAAUAGCGUAUGAGCAAAUAAUAUGUGCAUAUUAUGUAUAUUAGUUAUAAAAAUAGUGGACAAAAGUGAAACUAGCAAAGUGAAAUCACACGUCAUUCGUGAAACAAAGAAAUAAAAAAAAAAUGACAAUACA